AUGACUUCCCGCCUUGACCGUCUUGUCACACUGCUGGAGACUGGUAGCACCCAGUUGAUUCGGAAUACUGCUGCUCAACAACUGGCUGAUGUCCAGAAGCAGCAUCCGGAUGAACUUUUCAACCUCCUAGGCCGCAUUCUUCCAUAUCUCCGAUCCAAAUCUUGGGAUACACGCACCGCCGCCGCUCGGGCAAUCGGUCUCAUCGUCGCCAACGCCGAUGUCUAUGAUCCCAACGAGGAUGACGGCCUCCAAAUCAAGUCCUCCGCAGAUGAUGACGAUGAUGUGGAGAUCAAGGCAGAGAUCAAAUCAGAGACGCUAUUUUUCUCCCCGGAAAGGCCCCUGGACCUCGAAACGCUCGACAUCGCCUCAGUCUUGAAGUACGGUAAACGGCUUCUCGGUAGUGGUGGAAAGGAGCAUGAAUACUCCUUGGCCGCAUUGGAUCCGGCAGCGCGUCUUCAGCAUCAGAAGAAGACACUUUACGGGCGCUUGGGAUUCGAAGGCGAGUUCUUGGACGAUGAUAUCGACCUUGGUGAAUCCAUUGUUUCCAAGCCAGCUACACCGGCUCCAAAGCACGAGCAUUCGGGCACUCUGCCUACAAAUUCCCUUGAUGAGUCAGGCCUCAGCAAGCGACAAUUGAAUCAGCUCAAACGCAAGAACAAACACAGCGCCAAGAUGGGAGCGAAUAAGGUGCGUGUUGUGGAUUUGUCCUCCCGCCGUACAUCCGAUAACCCCACAACCCCUUUGGCAGCGACACCGCAUCCCAUCAAAGCUGAGAAUGGCGACGAACAAAAUGGCGACAGCAAAGCCGACUACUUCUCCUUGGAUCGUUCUGGCGGCGACGACGACUCCAAGAUCGUCUCCGAGUUCAAAGGGCCAGUGGCACCCGAAAAACCUAUCAUUCAGCCAAGUCUUGUCGACCAGGGCGCUGGGUGGCCUCUGGAGUGCAUGUGUGAGUUUCUCUCAGUCGAUAUCUUCGAUCCCAACUGGGAGGUGCGCCAUGGGGCAGCAAUGGCCCUCCGAGAGGUGGUCAGGGUACAAGGUGCAGGGGCCGGUCGUUUGGAAGGCAAGAGUCGUCAGGAGAACGAUCAGCUGAACCGCCGAUGGCUGGAUGACCUUGCGUGCCGCUUGAUUUGUGUCCUCAUUCUGGAUCGGUUUGGUGACUACAUUUCAGACAAUGUCGUGGCGCCGAUUCGCGAGACAGUGGGUCAGACUCUUGGAGCUCUUCUUUCCCAUUUGUCGCCCAAAUCUGUUCAACUGGUGUACAAGUGCCUGUACCGUAUCAUCAUGCAAAAAGAUCUGGACUUGGAUCGCCCCAUCUGGGAGGUCUGUCAUGGUGGCAUGAUUGGUCUGCGCUACUUGGUCGCAAUUCGUAAAGAUGUUCUUCUCAAAUAUCCGGUGUUGAUGGAUGGUGUUCUGGAGGCUGUGAUGAAAGGCCUGGCAGAUUUUGACGAUGACGUGCGAGCUGUGAGUGCUGCCACCUUGGUACCAAUUGCCGAGGAGUUUGUCGCAUCUCGUACAGGCACCCUUGGAACACUGAUGAAUAUUGUUUGGGAAUGCCUGUCCAAUCUUCAAGACGAUUUGAGCGCUAGCACAGGGUCUGUCAUGGAUCUUCUAGCCAAGCUGUGUACGUUCCCAGAGGUCCUCGAAGCGAUGAAGGCGAAUGCCGCGGACGAUCCAGAUGCGUCUUUCGGAAACCUGGUCCCCCGCUUGUACCCAUUUUUGCGCCAUACCAUCACCAGCGUCAGAUCUGCCGUUCUACGCGCUCUCAUGACCUUCCUGAAACUCGAAGGCGAAGGUAGCACGGACUGGGUAGAUGGCAAGGCUCUCAGGUUGAUUUUUCAGAAUCUCCUAGUGGAGCGCAACGAGGGGGUUCUCAAGCUGUCUUUGCAGGUUUGGUCGGAGCUGCUCAAGGCAAUGGAAAAUCGUGGAUCAUUCAAUCAAGGAAGCGAGCUCUCAGCCUCCGUCGAGCCCUUGGUUGCGCUGACACUUGGGCCAUUUGGUGUCCCGCGAUACCCAAUCCCCAUGAAUGCCUGUCUGUUCAUCAAACCAUCUGGGGUGCCCUUUUCUGUCGCCACUCCAUUUCCUAAUACAAAGGCCUCAUCGCCCGGGAGCGCAACCCCGGGUGGGAGCGAGGCUAAGGGGGGUCGCAGACGCAAGUCCGAAAAGAAAGAGGCUCCUCCACCGUCCGCGCACAAUGUUGAUGGGCACAUGUUAUCAGGCGAUAUCGACCUCGUCGGUGUGGACACUAUGCUCAGAUCCAAAAUCUACGCGGCAAAGGCCCUGGGUGAGCUGCUGGCCUUUUGGAACAGACAUCAACUUCCUCCAUUCUGGUCGACAAUUCUCGAUGGGUUCGACCAUCCAGCAUCCACAUCUCAGCUUGCGAGUGCUAUGGUCAUUGAAGAAUAUGCACGCAUCUCCGGGGCCGAGAGUAAAUAUUCUACUUCUUUGUGCGAACGCCUCCGACCAAUCAUUGAAACUGAGCGUCCGCCCUGGUAUUCAGACAUUGCCUGCUAUCUGCAUGUCUCGCGAGCGCAAUGCCACUCUUUGCUCAACGCCUUCCGAGAUCAUGCGCACGUGUCUCCUUCCCGAUUGCCCACAUUAGCCGUGGUUGUUCAAGGUGACCCUGAAGCCGGCCCCAAUGCAUUCUCCUUGGCCGACGCCGAGAAACUCAUCGGGCCGGACUUUGACCGCUUGAAGAAGAAUCUCACCCCCGCCCAGAGAAUCACAGCGACACAAGUCCUCAAUGACACGCGCAUGACGGCACAAACUGCGGUUGACGAGGCGCGAAUCAUGAGAGAGCAACGGGACAUGCGUGUAUUGGCUGCUGCUGCGGGUGCUUUGGUCGCCCUCUGUGACAUUCCAAAGAAACCAGGCCAUAUUAUCAAGAGUAUGAUGGACAGCAUCAAGACGGAGGAAAACUUUGAGCUUCAACAACGUUCCGCGACAGCAGUUGCAAGCUUGAUAGAGUAUUACACCGCCGCAACUAAGCGCGGGCCAGUUGACAAGAUCAUUGGGAACCUGGUCAAGUACUGCUGUGUGGAUACAUCAGAAACCCCCGAGUUUCUUCAUAACGCCCAUCUCGAGCAAUCCAUAUUGUCGCUCCGGAAGGAAGAAGAUCGCCGUGACCACCCUGAUGCUGCUAAAUUCGAGCGCGAUGCGAGAGAGGCCCGGAUCAUGCGGCGCGGUGCCAAGGAUGCUCUUGAGCAGCUGACCAUCAAAUUCGGUGCGCAGCUCAUGGAGAAAAUCCCCAAUUUGGCAUCACUCGUAGAGCGUCCCUUGAAAGAGGCUUUGCAAGGCGAGCUUCCUGAGACCAUCGCCGAACCUGGCAAUGAGCUUGGACAGGAGGUUGUGGAUGGAUUGUCUACACUUCGUGCCCUCCUUCCUAAGUUUGACCCUGGUCUUUAUCCCUGGGUUAUUGACCUGAUGCCGCUCAUAGCCAAGGCUUUGCAGUGCCGACUUUCUGUGAUUCGCUAUGCAGCUGCCAAAUGCUUUGCCACAGUCUGUAGCGUCAUCACUGUUGAAGGCAUGACAAUGCUGGUUGAAAAGGUUCUUCCGACUAUCAAUAACGCACUGGACGUGCACCAUCGUCAAGGUGCCAUUGAAUGCAUAUAUCAUCUUAUCCAUGUGAUGGAGGAUGGUAUCUUGCCCUAUGUCAUCUUCCUCGUGGUUCCUGUCCUCGGCCGCAUGAGCGACUCUGACAAUGACACGCGCCUUUUGGCAACGACAUCUUUCGCAACAUUGGUCAAAUUAGUUCCAUUGGAAGCGGGCAUUCCAGAUCCUCCUGGAUUGUCCGAGGAAUUGCUGAAGGGUCGCGAUCGGGAACGCAAGUUCAUGUCCCAAAUGCUUGAUGCACGAAAGGUUGAGCCUUUCCAGAUUCCUGUGGCCAUCAAAGCGGAACUUCGAUCAUAUCAACAAGAUGGUGUCAAUUGGCUGGCUUUCCUUAACCGCUACAACCUUCACGGUAUUCUCUGUGAUGACAUGGGUCUUGGCAAGACAUUGCAGACCAUCUGUAUUGUCGCGAGUGACCAUCACAUGCGGGCCGAAGAGUUUGCCAAGAGUCAAUCCCUGGAUGCCCGUAAACUUCCCAGUUUGAUUGUUUGUCCGCCCUCUCUCUCUGGUCACUGGCAACAAGAAGUCAAGCAGUAUGCUCCCUUUUUGAACUGCGUCGCCUACGUCGGACCUCCAGCGGAGCGUGUCAGAAUUCAGCCCAUGCUUGCACAAGCAGAUGUGGUUGUGACGUCGUAUGAUGUGUGUCGCAAUGACAACGAACUGCUCGGCGCCAUUAGCUGGAACUACUGCGUCCUCGACGAAGGUCAUCUCAUCAAAAACCCCAAAGCCAAGAUUACACUCUCUGUGAAAAAGCUAAUGAGCAACCAUCGCUUGAUUCUUUCUGGCACACCAAUUCAAAACAACGUGCUUGAGCUUUGGUCGUUGUUUGACUUCUUAAUGCCUGGAUUCCUGGGUACAGAAAAGGUUUUCUUGGACCGAUUUGCGAAGCCUAUUGCGGCAAGUCGAUUCAGCAAGUCAUCUUCCAAGGAACAGGAGGCUGGUGCUCUCGCCAUUGAGGCUCUGCACAAGCAAGUCCUACCAUUCCUUCUUCGCCGUCUCAAGGAGGAAGUACUCAAUGACUUGCCUCCAAAGAUUAUUCAGAACUACUACUGCGAUCCCAGUGAGCUGCAAAAGAAACUCUUUGAAGACUUCUCCAAGAAGGAACAGAAGGAAAUUCAAGAAAAGGUUGGCAGUACGGAUCGCUCCGACAAGGAGCACAUCUUCCAGGCUCUUCAGUACAUGCGCCGUCUUUGCAACUCUCCCGCUUUGGUAGUCAAGGAGGGCCACAAACAGUACAAUGAGGUGCAAACUUAUCUGUCCAACAAGCGGUCCAACAUUCGAGACGUCGCGCACGCGCCGAAGCUUUCCGCAUUGCGUGAUCUGCUUGUUGACUGUGGUAUCGGGCUUGAUCAUUCUGCUGAGGGAGAAUUAGACACGGGUGCAAGCUUCGUCAGCCCGCACCGUGCUCUGAUUUUCUGUCAGAUGAAAGAAAUGCUCGAUAUCGUUCAAAACGAUGUUCUGAAGAAGCUGCUUCCAUCGGUCCAAUACCUUCGUCUGGAUGGAGGAGUUGAGGCUACAAAACGCCAAGACAUCGUCAACCGUUUCAAUACUGAUCCCAGUUACGAUGUCCUACUUCUGACUACUAGUGUUGGUGGCCUGGGCCUUAACCUCACUGGAGCCGACACUGUCAUCUUCGUCGAGCAUGACUGGAACCCCCAAAAGGACAUUCAGGCGAUGGACCGUGCCCAUCGCAUUGGUCAAAAGAAGGUUGUCAAUGUCUACCGAUUGAUCACUCGGGGUACUUUGGAGGAGAAGAUCUUGAAUCUCCAACGUUUCAAGAUUGAUGUCGCAUCCACUGUAGUCAAUCAACAGAACGCUGGACUUGGCACUAUGGACACUGAUCAACUCCUGGAUCUAUUCAGUCUCGGAGAAACGGCCGAAACCGCAGAAAAACCAGCCGAGCCAUCCGGCAAUGAAGUCGAUAUGGUCGACAUUGAUGGCGAAGUCCGAGAGAAGGGCAAGAAGGGUUGGCUUGAUGAUCUUGGAGAACUCUGGGACGAUCGCCAGUACCAAGAAGAGUACAACCUGGAUUCCUUCCUCGCCACCAUGAAAAACUGA